AGUGAGGUUAUACGAUUGAAUUUUCUGUGUGCAUUGUGUUCAGUGCUACCGUGGUGAUUUAUGAUCUAGUUUUAUAACUAUUUUCUCCCUCGUGGCAUCCCUUAGUUUGCCAAUCUAGUCAUCUGUGAUUUCCGGACUAAACGUGGUUGAAUACCUCAGUUUAAUUCGACUCCGAGCAAUAAAUUCAAAUUACAAUGGCACAACGAAAGCAGCCUGAAAAAUCUGAGGAAUCUUCAGGUUUUGGGUUUGCAGCAAUUCUAGGGGCAGCUGCACUUGGUGGUGCUGUGACGUACGGGCUCACUCAAUUGCUCAGUGAUAACUCUAGUAGCGGAGGCGCCAGAGAAGCAGCCUACCAAAGGGCCAAUGAACCAUGCCAAAGGAGAGCUAGCAGUGAAAGACAAAGAACAUUCCCUAGUGAUUUCAGUUUUGGAACCGAUCAAUCAGGAGGCAGAACAGAUGAUCCUGAUUUGAAAACUGCUUGUGGCAUAUGCUGGAACAAGAGGCCUGAAAUCAUGAUGUUACCAUGCAACCAUGUAAAUCUUUGCAGAGAUUGUUGGGAGCAAUUCCGGGCUUCUCAAAAUGGUAAAAACUGCAUCACAUGCAGAGGAGAGAUUCGAAGAAUUCAGCGUGUUUAUGUGUAAGAUAUACUUCGCUUGUCACUUUUGUUUUUAUCAUUAAGGAUUUUAAAUAAUGUGCAUUGUUUUAAUUUUUCACUGAUAUUGUUAUUCGGGGCCAGUUUAGGCAAUUUUGUACUGUGAUUUCAAAUGUAAUAUAAGUCGUAGGAUCUUACUGUAUUAAUGGACUGAUUUUUUCAACAUGUGAUAUAAAUGUUUACUGAUCAGACCAUUUAGUUUUUCAGGACACUUACUAAAGAAUUCUUAUGUCUUUUCAUUGAAAGAGAGAUUUAAAAGUACAUUUAUCAAUUCUAAUCAUGAAAGUGGGUAAUUACAAAUUAUUGCACUGAUUAUUCUCCAAAUGACUUAAGUGCCACAAACACAAAUUUGAGGGAAACGAGAAAAAUUGUAUCAUUCCAUUUGCUGGCAAUUGUAGCAAAACAAAAUAUGUAUGCUUCCGUAGGCAAUAAUUUAGAAUUAAGGAAUUAGCGUCGUUAAAAAAGAUUUGCAAUGGUAACCCCUUCACUGAAAAAAUAAGAUGUAGCUUUACCUCACUUGUAAAAAAAGCUAUUCUAAAUUGCCCAUCUUCCUUUCAAUGCGGCAGGCUUCAAAUAAUUUUAAUCGUAUUAUAACUUAAAAAUGCAACCUGAGUCUUCUGACUCUCAAAAGCAUUGGUAAUCCAUUGAAAUCUCAUUUUUUUUAAAUUCAGGCGCUCAUCUUUUUGGAAAGAAAACUAUCAAAAUUGCCAGAUUUCUUAGAAUUAACAGCAGAUUAUGAAUCAUUUAAGCUGAAUUAUAUCUUCAUAAUGCAAUGAUGUCAUCCUUACCCGCAUAGGCAUUAAUAAUCCGUUAAAACUUCAUUUUUGAAAUUUUGGCCCUUGUGUCUUUUGGAAAAUGAUCGAUUUAAUUGAAGAAUAGCAAAAUAAAAGUCAAUGUAUGAACAGACUAAAAUAUAUUUAAGUACCGGUCUAAAUUAUGCAGCCAGUUACCAAUCUAGUACUUCAAUUCUUUAGUCAAGUAAAAAAUCACCAUUUUCUUCCUACAGGUUUGCACAUAUUAGUUCAUUCACUAGUUUUUAGCUGCAUCGUUUCCUUUUUGCACAUUUGCAUAUAAUUUCUUAGGUUAGAAAUCAGUAUUAUCUAUCACAUUGGAUAAGAUGAUUUUCCUGGUUAUUAGUUCACUACUUGUGUUACUAUCGAAUAUUUUUACUAAUAUUAUGUUGUAAUGUUGCUCUAUUGACUUAACUGUUGACCUCUUUUAUAAAUGUAUUUUUAAUUCAUAGAUUAGAAUCAAUGCAUUGUAAUUAAUCAAAAAUAUUUUUAUUUUUUUUUUUUAUCUUAAUUACAAAUAAUCCCCAUUUAGUUUACCUGUAAUCAAUAGCAAACCAAUUUUUCUUGUAAUCGCAUCAUUCUUAGUUAUUUCCCUAGUUGUGUGUAAGUUUUUAAUUGGUGCCACUGUGUACUUUUCAGCUAAUCAGAAUGAGAAUAUUUUCAAAUUGUAUGGCUUUCGUAAGACAAUAUGGGUUGUUAACUAAAGUGCUACAUCAGUUAUUUUAAAUAAAUAUCAAUUUAACCUUUCA